AUGGAGCCAGCAGGACACAACAAACUCAAAACUCGACAUUGGUUUUUCUUGCUUGAGGAACCUUGCUGUAUUACCAUCGGCAAUGGCUUCGUUGAGGUUCCCAAGAUCUUGGCACCAAACCCCAAGGGCGCGCUACGAUCCCCACAGGGGCAACCGAGGACCCAAUGGCUGCCGCUCAAUGCAACCUCGAGCGACUGA